AUGUCGGAUUUAGCGAAGGAUUUAUCAAAGGAUUUAUCAAAGGAUCUAUCGAAGGAUUUAUCGAAAGGUGAUUCGGUUCAAAUCAGAGAGGUUUGGAACGAUAAUCUCGAAGAGGAAUUCGCUUUGAUCCGUGAAAUCGUUGAUGAUUUUAACUAUGUAGCUAUGGAUACAGAGUUUCCUGGUGUUGUUCUUCGUCCUGUAGGGGUUUUCAAACAUAUCAAUGAUUUUAACUACCAGACUUUGAAGGAUAACGUUGAUAUGUUGAAGCUGAUUCAGUUAGGUUUAACUUUCUCUGAUGAGAAUGGGAAGUUACCUACUUGUGGCACAGGAAAUCCUUGCAUCUGGCAAUUUAAUUUCCGUGAGUUUAAUGUCAGCGAAGAUAUAUUCGCGGCUGAUUCUGUUGAGCUUUUGCAUCAAUGCGGAAUUGAUUUCACAAAGAACAGUGAGCAAGGGAUUGACGUGAACCGAUUCGGCGAGCUUCUUAUGUCGUCGGGGGUUGUGUUAAACGAUAACAUGCAAUGGGUUACUUUCCAUAGUGGAUAUGAUUUUGGUUAUCUGUUGAAGCUUUUGACUUGCAGAACAUUGCCUGAUACGCAAACAGGGUUCUUCGAUUUGAUCAACAUUUAUUUUCCGAUGCUUUAUGAUAUCAAACAUUUGAUGAAAUUCUGUAACAGUCUUCAUGGUGGUUUGAACAAGCUUGCAGAGUUGUUGGAAGUCGAAAGGAUUGGUGUUUGCCAUCAAGCGGGAUCGGAUAGUUUACUCACUGCUUGUGCGUUUAGAAAGUUGAGGGAUACGUUCUUCAAUGGCGAAACAGAGAAAUACUCUGGUGUGUUGUAUGGAUUAGGUGUUGAGACAGACUAA